AUGACAUUUGCAACUGGUGUUCGGCGCUUGCCGGGGAGGUUUGUUUUCUUCUUGGCGACUAUUUGGAACCUGGCAGGAUGCUCGAUAAGCUGCAACUGAAUAACCAGAUAUUAGCCAAUAAAGCUGCGGUGCAGAAGGCAAGGCUGAUCCUGGUUAAUAAACAAGUGCAGAAGCUGCGGAAGCUCAAGCAACUCAAGGACAAACAUCCGGAAAAUAAGAAAUUGGAGAUGAAGUUCACCAGAGCCACCGAGGUCCUGGCAUGUCUCAAGAAAAUCAAAUUCAACGAAAUAUUACGACAGGCCCUCCUGAAUCAGAAGAGUCCCAGCGCUGUAAUUACAAAUGGUCUAUCAACGCCGGAAGAAAUCGCUCAGGCUUUGUAUUUCUCACACAAAACAAUUGAAGAAAUCGUCAAGCAUUUGAAGAGCGUCCUCAACAUAAACGAUUCAGAUACGUCAUGGCGCGAUCAAGUCGUGGAGCCGAGCAAACGCAAAAGGAAGCAACAACGUACUGAAAGAAAGCAGCAGUUUCGCCAGGAGCGAAAGGCUCGUAAGGAGCUGGAGAAGAAACGCAAUGAAUGGCUUGUCGAGAACCUUCCAUCGGUUCCGCAGGAAAGCGAGGCUCCUGUGGAAAGUGAAGAAAAACCCAAUACACUGCAAGCAAUGUUCCAGGAAGAGGAUGUAGAUAAGGUAAAACAGGUCCAACAGGAUCGAAAAAAGCAACAAGAAAAGGUUAGAGUUCCGAAGGAAGAAGCACCUGUUGAAGAUUCUUCAUUAGAGUCGGAUGAGAAACAUGAGGCCCACCACACAGUCGAUGACUUCUUCAUCACCCAAACUGGGGAUCAUUACCUCUCAACAGUCGUGAUAGACCGCAAACAGCCCGACCAACCUGACGACGGCAUGGUGCGGAAAGAGAGGCGAAGCAUACAGAACGGUCAUCAUAGAUAUCCGGAAAAACGACGAAAAUUCGACAGGCAAGACUGGCACAGCCACAACGACAGAGCCACCAAACCCUUCAAACGUGAUAACAUUAGAAAUACAAAGCCCCUCAAAGGCUCCUCAAGUUCAAAGGAAAAUGAUACAGCAUCAAACCAAUUGCAUCCAUCUUGGGCUGCAAAGCAACGUCAAAAACGCAUUGAACCACCGCAAGGAUCGAAAAUUGUUUUUGAUGACGAAGGAAACACCGCUUCAAAGGUUGUAAAUAGCAAGUCAAAAGAGAGUAGUGUGAAGAGCGUUCCAAAAAGCGAUUCCAAGGAGAAACUGCAUCCGUCGUGGGAAGCAAAACAAAAGCUGAAACCCAGCAUAGCCCAGUUUACAGGGAAGAAGAUUGUUUUUGAUGACGAAUAAAAGUUUAGAUUUAAUAGGAAAUAAACUGUUCCACCGAUUUCAUUCGAA